GCAGGGCCACCCUCCGCCCCCAGACCGGGCUCGGUUGUCAUGAGAGCGGCGGCUGCGGCCCGGGCGAUGGGCGGAGGCGGCCUGGGCUGCGCCUCGGCUGCCAGCGCCGCUGCGGCUCUGAGGUGCGCGGCAGCCCGGGGCGGAGGAGGCGGCGCCGCCUGAGUGCCGCCCAGGGAGUCGCGGCAGCCGAGGGCGUCAGCGCAGGGCAGGCCUGGCCGGUGCCCCGGAGCUGAGGCCCGGCCCAGGCGGCGCGGAGCGGGGAAUCCCGCAGGGUCGGGGUCCCCGGCCCGGCGCGCCCCGCCCGCCCUCCGCACCCCGGCGGGGGGACCUCUCCGUCGCGGUCGGCCCAGCUGUGCAGAAUGCCCCACAAGAUUGGAUUUGUCAUUGUCAGUUCAUCUGGACACGAGGAUGGCUUCAGUGCCAGGGAGCUGAUGAUCCACGCGCCGACCAUCAGCGGGUGGAGGUCCCCGAGAUUCUGCCAGUUUCCACAAGAAAUUGUUCUUCAAAUGGUAGAAAGAUGCCGAAUAAGAAAACUGCAGUUGCUUGCUCACCAGUAUAUGAUUUCAAGUAAGAUCGAGUUCUACAUUAGUGAAAGCCUUCCUGAAUAUUUUGUACCAUAUCAAGCAGAACGAUUUCGGAGACUUGGUUACAUCUCUCUCUGUGAUAAUGAAAAGACAGGCUGUAAGGCCCGGGAGCUGAAGUCGGUUUACGUGGAUGCAGUGGGACAGUUUCUCAAGCUGAUCUUCCACCAAAACCACAUCAACAAAUACAACAUUUACAAUCAGGUUGCUUUGGUUGCAAUAAAUAUCAUUGGAGACCCUGCAGAUAUCAGUGAUGAAAGCAAUAUUUCUUCUAGAGAGAAGCUGAUUGACCUUUACCUCGGGCACCACACAGAGGACCCAGCUCUAGAUGGCACCUACACAGGGAAGCAAGACUAUAUUUCUCCACUAGAUGAUUUAGCUUUUGAUAUGUAUCAAGAUCCAGAAGUUGCACAGAUUAUACGCAAAUUAGAUGAAAGAAAGCGUGAAGCUGUCCAAAAGGAACGUUAUGACUUUGCCAAGAAACUAAAACAAGCUAUUGCUGAUCUGCAAAAGGUUGGUGAACGUCUUGGAAGGUACGAGGUAGAAAAGCGCUGUGCUGUGGAGAAGGAAGACUAUGACCUUGCCAAGGAGAAGAAGCAGCAGAUGGAGCAGUACCGCACCAAGGUGUACCAGCAGCUGGAGCUGCACGACCUCAUGGAUUCUGAGCUGACACGAAGACCUUUUGAUUUGCCCCUUCAGCCCCUUGUUCACCCUGGCAGUCCUCAUCAUCGAAAACCAGUGCCCUCACUUCCACAACAAGAAGAAAGACCAACAGAAAAACGACUUGCAGAACCUUUCCUCCAGGAAAAGCCUUCAUCACAUUCUCAAAUGCAUUCUCCUCAGCGUGCUGGAGUAGCACAAUUACUGCCUGCCCCAGACCCUCACCCCAAGGCCGAGUCACUGCCCUACGACGAGCGGCCUCUUCCAGCCAUCCGCAAACAGCAGGGGAGAACGGACGAGGAGUCAGAGAUGCACAACACAGACGUCAGCGACGCCCAAAGAGGGGGCGCUUUGGGAGAGCCAGAGCCCUUAACAGAGAAAGCCUUGAGAGAAGCCAGCUCUGCCAUUGAUGUGUUAGGAGAAACCCUGGUUGCUGGCGCCUAUUCCAAGACAUGGUCGUACCGAGAAGAUGCGUUGCUCGCUUUGUAUAAAAGAUUGAUGGAAAUGCCUAUUGGAACACCAAAGGAAGACUUGAAGAACAUGCUGCACGCGUCCGUCUUUCUCAUUAGAAGAGCCGCGAGGGACAUCGUGACCUCAGUGUUUCAGGCUGCUUUGAAAUUGUUGAAAAUGAUAAUUACACAGUAUAUUCCUAAACAUAAACUGGGUAAACUUGAAGCAACUCACUGUGUGGAAAGAACCAUUCCCAUUUUGCUUACCAGAACUGGAGAUUCUUCUGCUCGCCUCCGUAUUAUAGCUUCAAAUUUUAUUCAGGAAAUGGCCUUGUUUAAGGAAAUUAAAUCUCUCCAAAUUAUCCCAGCUUACUUGGUACAGCCACUGAAAGCAAACUCCUCAACCCACCUGGCGCUGAGUCAGGUGGACCUCCUGGCCCGGCUGCUGAGGGACCUGGGCACGGGGGGCUCUGGCUUCACCGUCGACAACGUGAUGAAGUUUUCAGUGAGUGCCCUGGAGCACAGAGUGUUUGAGGUGCGAGAAACAGCAGUUAGAAUUAUUUUGGACAUGUAUAAACAGCAUCGGACUUUUAUUCUUGAGUAUUUUCCUCCAGACGACAACAACACACGCAAGAACGUUCUCUAUAAAACCAUUUUUGAGGGAUUUGCUAAAAUAGAUGGCAAGCCUACAGAUGCUGAAAUUAGGGCACAGAAAAAAGCAGCCACAGAAGAAGUGGAAAAACAAAAGAGAGCAGAAAUUCAAGUUUUACAAGGGCAGUUGGCAGCACUAAAGGAGAUUCACGCCGAAGCCCAGGAAAAAGAAAGUGAUGCUAUGAAGGCAAAGAAUCAGGACACUCAAGAAAGAAAAACAGCUCCACCUAAUGCUCCAGAAAUUCCAAAUAACCAUUAUUUAGAUAAUUUAUGUAUUUUCUGUGGGGAGAGGAGCGACUCCUUCACGGAGGAAGGCCUGGAUCUGCACUACUGGAAACACUGUCUGAUGCUGACGCGAUGUGACCGCUGCAGACAGGUAGUUGAGAUAUCCAGCCUGACGGAGCAUUUGCUGACAGAAUGUGACAAAAAGGAUGAGUUUGGAAAGUGCUAUCGCUGUAGUGAAGCUAUUCUAAAGGAAGAGCUGCCCAGACACAUAAAAACCAAAGACUGUAACCCUGCCAAAUCAGAAAAGCUGGCAAACCGGUGUCCCUUGUGCCACGAGAAUUUCACACCUGGAGAAGAGGCGUGGAAAGCUCACCUCAUGGGCCCAGCUGGCUGCACCAUGAACCUGCGCAAGACACACCUCCUGCACCGGGCUCAGACACUGCAGCCAGGUAAAGGCUCAGCAGUCAUCAAAUCAGGCACUUCAGGAUCCAAAGUUGGAAGCAAGAUCCCCACCCCAAAGGCAGGCCUGAAUAAAACCUCUAACAGGACAUACACGAAACGAUGACAUGACAAAUAAUUUGUUUCCUUUGUCUCCAUAAGUGACUGAUUCUAAACUGUUUCUUGUAAAAACUGUCUGUGGAUGUGGACCCCAUUCUCCAUCCCCACGGUCCCCAGGCUCCGUCCCCACCGUCCCCAGGCUCCAUCCCUGCUGUCCCCAGGCUCCCGGCAGUGCUCCUCCUCUGACUUGUAGUUGCUCCGUCAGCUCUCUUAUAUAAAUGGUGUGCGUAACUGACCAAAGAACCUAAAUCCCAGAGCUAGGACCUGCUCUCACUGUAUUUUCAACCUUCAGGUUUCCUCUUUCUCAGGCCUUCGUUAUGAACAGGAGAGCAGUUGUUCUGUUGCACAGAAUCAGAAACCAUUGCCCAGGAAGCUUAAUAGAAGCAACUCACAGGCAGGGCUGGAGCACUAAGGAAAUGGCACAAGCAGAGCAGCGUCUUUUCUUAAUUGCAUGGAAUAAUUUUCCUGAAAAGUUCCCUGUAGACCCGCCUCUAGCCCUCUCCCUGGUGGUAGAAUUUCACCAGGGCGUUGGCAUGGGGGCAAGGGCCGUGUGUUGUGGUGUGGGUCUAACUGUGCCUUUUUCUCCCCACAGGCACUGUCUGCUAGUUUUCCUGCCCAGUGCACUUAGUGCCAGGGUAAGAGUUUUCAGUAUCUGCAGAACAUGUGUUUUCCACUUUAAUGAGAAAUAAAAGUAAAAAAGAAAAUCUUAAAAAUCAGUAACUGAGAACUGGUCCCACCUCAGCACUUACCUUCUAGAGGUUUCUUAAACAGUGCUGUCCCUGCGACAUUCUUCACUUCCUGGCAGAGUUCCUGCCUGGUCCCAACUGUGCAGACCCGGAUUUAGCCAAGGUCCACACCAUCGUGCUUUUGUAUCAUGCCUUUUUCUCAGAGGCGCUGCAGACCCUCUCGACGUGCAAAUUGCUAACAAAACAUAAUUAUGGAGUGACUUUCUAACUGGCUAUCAUGUGCUCACCCGAACACCCAUGUAAACAAGAGCCGGCCCUUCCCUAAAACCUCUAAUAAAGCGUGGGCUUGCUUUCUGGUCUGCACGGAGUAGCUUCUACGCAUAUUUGAGAUACACAAAAGGGCCUUCGAAAUGUACUUGCAGACUCAGAAUCACUGGGCUGGGUUCUGUGAGCCUGUCCAUUCAAGUCUGUAUGUAAAUGGAACUGUACGUUUCCAGGAGGGUUUUAGAACACCCAAACGCUGCCUAAAAUGCAGAACCCAAACCUCACAAACCGUCUCCUAAGCAGCUUGUCCGACUCUCGCCUUGGGAGGGUCCCCAGUCGCUGAGGGGAAGGAGCCCGUGUGUGUCUGAAGGUGGCUUCGAAACUCCAGGUUUCCUCCCAGCAGUGCCCACGUUCCCCAAGUGUGAAGCCACAGCAGGUGGACACUGGGCGUUCUCCCCUGAAUAAUAUCAACUGGCAUGUGGGCAGGCUUCUAAAAGGCCAAGCAGAGAUGUGCAGGAUGCACGUUUGUCUCAUACAGUUGGUGUAUAAAUACUGUUUUUUAAUUCCCAACCAUGUGAAACAACAAAAUACAUAAAAAACUAAAAGCUCUGGGCGGUGUACUCCCUGGCCAUAUUAGUAACCAUGAGUUUGCAGUGAUCCAUCUUCAUUUUUGAUUAACUGAUACCUCAUAUGAUUGACUCAAAAUAUUGAGCAAGAAUAAAACUUACUAAAAGAGUUACCUUUAAAAAAUACCGUAUUAAAACGUUUGUAAGUGUGGGAAAGAGAAAUAACUUAGAACUCUACAAAGCAAAGUACAGAUGCCAAGAUACUUAUAAAAUGAUCUUUUCUGGUGUCAAAGAGAUACGGGCCAUGAGUUCUAAUCUGUUGAUUCUAAUCUAUUUUUAAAAUACAAAUAAAAUACUUCUUUCAAUGGAACAGUAA